AUGUUAUCGCAACAAGAUAUGAACAGUCUGCUGCAUGCCAUGCAUGCACAGAUUGCUACGUUAACCUCGCAACUCGCCAAGCUGCAGAACAACCCCCCUGCAGCAACCCCCUCGGUAGAGAAAAAGUUCAACAAGAAAGUCGAAGUUCUCCAAAUUUGGGUCAAGGCAAACUGGGACGCGUUUGCCGACGAUUUUGAGGUAGCCACUGCGGUGCUAUCUCGACUAAAAGGACCUGUGGCGGGUCAAUACGCCCAAGUAAGAUUGCAGGAAUGCUACACCGCGGGAGUGUGGCCAACCUGGGAUGAUCUCAAGAAGGAGAUCAAAAAAUACUUCAAACCACAAGCUGAGCAUGACUGGGCGCGUCAGCAAAUCCGUUCCUUCAAACAAGGAAACAUGAGGACAAAUGAUUACGUUACCAGGUUCCUGGCCCUUUCCAUCCAAGGAGGGCUUGGAAAUGAACACGCAGUAGAACUGCUGGAACGCAAUAUGAACCCUCGCAUUGCAGAACAAAUCUAUCUGCAAGACACUAGAAACGAGAACUUGUCCCUAGCGGCCGAGGAAGUACAUCGAGUCGGUAGAGCCAUGGAGCUUUACCAGAUGCAUCAAGGUGGCGGGUCCACCACCAAAAACAACGAAUCCCAGAGGCGCCCUGGGUUAUCAAACCAAAAACAACAACACUCUCAUGGGUUCCAGCCAUUUGGGCUGCAACCAGGUUGGGGUGUCCCUAUGGAUAUUGGCGUGGUCCAGGGCGGACAGACGCGCAGAUUCACCUGGUACAACUGUGGGCAGGAGGGGCACAUAGCCCGAAAGUGUCCAAAUGGAGUGCAGGCCGCUCAACAAAAAAAUAAUCAAGGGUGCCAGGCGCGCCAACUAGAGUCCGAGAAACCAGACAAUCGGCUCCAGACUCUGGCCGGUCGUUUGUACGACAAAAUCCGGGCCAUCUUCUACAACCAGCAGGUUGCUGAGAUGAAGACCCAGGGAAAAGAGUUCGGAGCUUAG